ACCAAUAGCAGCAGCUACAAUUUUCUUCUGUGUUAAUUUCCUCUGUCUCCACUUCUUAGCUGAAUUCUUCUUUACCGGUUACUUUCUUUUGAAUAAACCAAAUGUUAUUUUUCAUUAACUGAGUGAGUGGCAACUCAUAGUGGAGGACAGGCAGAGGAAGGAAGAGAGAGAAACUGUUGAGCAUAAUCUGAGGCUGCUGAGAAAGAGAGAAACACUAAGAUACUGUUGUUCAUAAAUCUUUUUUUUUUAAUGUUUGAUAUUUAGCUCUGAUACUGGAGAAUGGAGAUGGAAGGAAUGGGUUUUGAAGAGAAGGCAUCGAAAAAAUAUUGCAUGAAGGACAAGCAUGUGAUCAUCAUCUGUGGUGUGGUUGUUGCUGUAGGUUUAAUCUUGGGUUUGGGCCUUGGCCUGGGAUUAAGACCACCAGCCUGUGAUUUUCCAGAAGACAAUGGGCAGAUGCCAACAGAUUUGCCCACAAAACCAACAGAAUCACCCACAGGCCCUGCACCAGAGGAUAUGGACCCUUGCCCUGCUCAAAAUGAUGACAACAGUGGAGGCUGGACAAAUUUCAAACUGCCCCUAUAUGUUUAUCCAAAUCAUUAUGACUUGGAGCUGAAACCGGAACUGGGAGCAGAUAGUUAUGAUGGAACUGUCAAUAUCUCCAUCACACUGGAAAGCUACACAACCAAAUACUUCUGGCUUCACCUCAGAGAGACUAAGAUCACAGAAAUGCCCCUGCUCAAGACAUCUUCAGGCCAGUUCAUUGCUUUAAAGCGUUGCUUUGAGUACAAGCCGCAGGAAUAUGUGGUCAUAGAAGCAGAAGAAGAAUUAUCUCCUAACAUCUAUUUCCUGACUAUGAAGUUCCGAGGCCAUUUAAAUGGUUCCCUGGUUGGAUUCUAUAGGACAACUUAUGUGGAGAAUGGAAUAACCAAGAGCAUAGCAGCUACUGAUCAUGAACCAACAGAUGCCCGGAAAUCAUUUCCUUGCUUUGAUGAACCUAACAAAAAGGCAACUUACAAGAUCUCUAUUAUCCAUGAGGAUACACAUCAAGCUUUGUCGAACAUGCCAGUGGAGGAAGAAAUUCCACUGGCUAAUGGUUGGACUCGGACAUCAUUCCAAAAAUCUGUCCCAAUGAGCACUUACUUGGUGUGUUGGGCUGUGCACCAGUUUGAUUUUAUAGAAAGAAUUUCCUCCCGAGGAGUUCCUCUUCGCAUUUAUGCUCAGCCACAACAGAUACACACAGCCAUAUAUGCAGCAAAUAAAACUAAAGAGAUCUUUGAUUUCUUUGAAGAUUACUUCAGCAUGAACUAUUCUCUUCCUAAACUGGACAAAAUAGCCAUUCCAGAUUUUGGCACUGGUGCCAUGGAGAACUGGGGACUGAUCACUUACAGAGAAACAAAUCUCCUUUAUGAUCCACAAGAAUCUGCUGCUUCUAACAAGCAAAGAGUAGCUGCUGUGGUUGCCCAUGAACUUGUUCACCAGUGGUUUGGAAACAUUGUGACCAUGGAUUGGUGGGAUGACCUUUGGUUAAAUGAAGGAUUUGCCAGCUUCUUUGAGUUUCUGGGUGUAAAUGCUACUGAAAAAGAUUGGCAGAUGUUGGACCAAGUGUUAAUUGAUGAUGUAUUCCCUGUGCUAAAGGAAGACUCCUUGCUUUCUUCUCACCCUAUUGUAGUGCAAGUUUCAUCUCCAGAUGAAAUAACCUCUGUGUUUGAUGGCAUAUCCUACAGCAAAGGAGCCUCAAUUCUUAGAAUGCUUGAAGACUGGAUCUCACCUGAAAAAUUCAAAGCUGGAUGUCAGAAAUAUUUGAAAGACUAUGAGUUUAGAAAUGCAAGAACGGAUCAGUUCUGGAAAGCACUGGAAGAGGCAAGUGGUCAACCGGUUGAAGAAGUGAUGGACACCUGGACCAGGCAGAUGGGAUACCCUGUGUUGAACGUGAAUUCAAACUUAACAAUCACACAGAAGCGUUUCCUACUGGAUCCUAAUGCAGAUCCUUCCCAGCCAUCUUCUGACUUUGGUUACAGAUGGAAUAUUCCAGUGAAAUGGUAUGAAGGAAAUACAACCAGUGAAACAUUCUACAAUAAAUCAGAACCUGCAGGCAUUACUAUUACACGACCCAGCAAUCCUACUCCCAAUUCUUUCUUGAAAGUGAACAAGGAUCAUGUUGGUUUUUAUCGUGUCAACUAUGAAACACGAGAUUGGGAUGAUUUGGCCAAUAUCAUGACUAACAACCACCAGGAUUUUAGUUCAGCUGAUCGUGCUGGCUUUCUUGAAGAUGCUUUUGCAUUGGCUAGGGCCAGACUUCUCAAUUAUUCUUAUGCCUUGAACCUAACAAAAUACCUGAAAAAUGAAAAGGAAUACAUACCAUGGCAAAGAGUUGUAGCAGCUGUAUCUUAUAUUGGAAAUAUGCUUCAAGAUGAUAAUACACUCUAUCCCAAAUUUCAGGAAUAUUUUCGUAACCUGGUCAAACCCAUUGCAGAUCAGCUAGAAUGGAAGAAUGAUGGUGACCAUAUUAAUAGUCUCCUACGUACAACAGUUCUAGAAUUUGCAUGUGACAUGAAUGAUCCAGAGGCUUUGAGUAACGCAUCUCGGUUAUUUGACGAAUGGCUGAAAGGAACAAGCCUAGAUGUGAAUCUCCGUCUCUUGGUUUAUCGCUAUGGGAUGCAGCAUUCUGGCAAUGAGCAAGCCUGGAAUUAUAUGUUUGAGAAGUAUCAAAAUACAGCAUUAGCUCAAGAAAAAGAGAAGUUGCUAUAUGGCCUGGCAUCAGUGAAAAACAUCACCCUACUGAACAGAUUUUUAAAGUGCAUCUACAACACAACUCUCAUUAAAAGUCAAGAUGUGUUCACUGUUUUGCGAUACAUCUCCUUUAACAGCUAUGGCAAAACCAUGGUUUGGGACUGGGUACGCCUUAACUGGGAAUAUUUAGUCAGUAGAUACACACUGAAUGACAGAAAUCUUGGGCGCCUACCAUCAAGAAUAACGGGAACAUUCAACACAGAGCUCCAGCUUUGGCAGAUGGAAAAUUUCUUUGAGAAGUAUCCUAAUGCUGGAGCCGGGGAAGCAUCCAGAAAACAGGCAGUUGAAACUCUGAAGAGCAAUAUUGAGUGGCUCAAGCAACACAAAGAAGAGAUAGCAGUAUGGUUUGGGAGUUAAAAUGGAUCAAGCUCUGCAUAAUAAUGUGGAUAUCUUUUUACCUUAUGUAAACUCUUAGGACUCUAUUUUCAAACUGUAACAAAAUGGGGGAAUUUGUAAAAACUCUUUCUUCUAAAUCCUGGUAAAUUUGUCUAUAUCAGAAUAUAUUAAUUUAUUGUAAUGCUAUGGUCACACAAGCCAGAGGGAAUCUCUAGAUCCAGCUUUGUCUAUUAAUACCUGUGUUCUCAUUUUAAGUAGGGCUACAAAGUGCAAAAUUAUUAUUAUCAUGUAAGUAAUUACAGGAUCUCAAUCCUCAUAGUCAUCACUGGUGUGUGUGUUUGUGUGUGUUAACCACACUGACAACUUUGAAAAUAAGUCCUUUGUUUAUACAAAAACCAUAUUAUUCCAUGUACUCAGGAUGCCCUUUCAAACGUAACUUCAGAGCAAUCCAUUCCACACAAAGAGAGCAUUUAGCCUCUGAUUCCAUAGAGGAAAAUCAGGCUGGAUAUGUUUUCUCCAAGGUAGUGAAACAGUCACCUAAUGUGACUUUGUAAAAUAACUCUUGUGCAUAUAUUAUCAUCUGCUGUAUUUGUAAAGCCAGGCAGUCAUUUCAAUUCAUUUUCACUAUGUCAAGAAGAUAAAGUGCUGCUGAAAAAUUCUGCAAAGCAUGGUCUGAUAACACAUGUUAUCACAAGUACCUCUGGAGAAGCCAUAGCUUGAUAGAAGAGUACAUGCUUUUAAGAGAGAAGAUUGCCUAUUCAAGAAUGUCAGGUAAAGGCAUGGACAUUUCUGUGCCUGCAACCCUAAAAGGUCCCUACCAGAAUAAACAUGACUGAAUUAAUAGCAGCAGUCUGAUUCAGGGUAAGACAGCUUUAUGUCAGCAUGAGAUCAUACCUAGAAAACCUGUGGGCACGGAUGGAGAAAUGGCUUUCCAUAUGUUUGGGUGUACAACAUCUAUCAGUCCCAUCUAGCCAGUCCAAUGGUGAAAGAAUGCGGGAAUUUUAGGACAAAAAUUUGAAGGGCCAAAGGUUACCAUUGCACUGUAACUUGAUAUCAUAUGAGAAUAAGCAAAUCAAUCCUAUUUUCAAGCAUAGAUGCUCUAGAUGGGAAUAGCAAUUAUAUGUAGGGAUCACUUCCAAGAAAAGCAAUAUAUUUAUUAUCAGGCAGCAUGAGACAGUGACCAAAAAUUGCUCUUCCUAUUACAAGUGAUGCUUUUCUGUUUCACCUGCUGUGUUUUGAAGCAGGGAUGGAGAGUUGGGUUCCCAGAUCUCUAGUUUUAGUCCUGAGUCUCAGGGCCUGGAGCCUCUUCCCUAGUUUAAAGAUGAGAGGAUGAAGGAUUGCCAUGCUUGAAAAAAUUACUGUCCAUGUCGGCUGGGGGACAUGGAGCUAUAAUAUAUUUUAAAAGGAAGAUUUCCAAAACUGGUGCUUUACUAGCAGCUGUCAAAAAGUUUUUAAGGAGCCGUUGGGCCCUCCUUUUGAUUAGUACAAUGCACAGAGUAAACAGUUCUAAACAUGUAUAGACAGGACUGGGAUCACUUGCCUGUUAGCACUGAUAUUACUUUGAUUAGAAUCAGGUGUAUAGUGGUCCCAAGAUCCAUAUGUUUAUAACUAGGAUGCAAAAGUUACUGGCUGGGUGCUGGAACAGUCAUAUGCAGGUUUGUUGUUUUGUUUUUAAAUCACUGAAAAGGAUCAUGAUAAAAUGUUUCUAAUUUUUAAAAAUCCAUUUGUCUGUUCUUUUAAAAGGCCUCUCCUCUGAUAUAUUAUACAGUAGCAAAAACAAAAACAAAAUCCAAGCAGCAAUAUUGUUUGGAUACAAGUGCAUGGCAUAUCAAUAUUUCAUUCUCAAAGUUGCCCUUGAAGAUAGUUUAAAAACUUCAGCUAGUGCAGAAGGUUGGCCAGUUCUUAACAGAGUUGAUAUCAGGCAAGGCAUAAACUGAUUUGUCCUAUGUGCUGAUGUAUACCAAUUCAAGAUGUGGGGUAUUUUUACGAAGAAUGAAAAAUAUGUGGCCCUGCAGGGGUUGCAUUUUCCAUCAUCCUCACCAUAAACUCUGCUGCCUAGGGCUGGUAGAGUGUGCAGUUAAGGAGGCUAGUGAUGACUAUGUAGUGGGGCAGGGAUAAAGCCUCCAACUCUGCCCUCCCCCACUACCCACAUUGGCAAAUUGUGGACAGAACAAUUCAGUUAAAAGUUCUAUGUAACUUGCCCCAGUGUUUUCAUAGUUGUAGGUGUUUCACUCUGGACAACUUUCCACACCAGUUUUCUAGCACUACUAAAGUAUAGUCAGUUGAAGGCAGGCUUAUCACUGUAGUUUGACACUGCUUAAUAUAGCAAUCUAUUUCUUUUUAUGUUGCCAC